GCUUAUUUGCUCCAGCAGAGUGUCAACCCUGGCAAACCCUUGCCUGCUCCAUGCGGAGCCAGUCAGGUAUUCCUGGAUCACCCUCUCUGAUUCAGGAAGGCUUUUAGAACUGUCACUGCUGACCAUCCAUGGAAUUAGGAAGAUGGCUCACCAGCAGAGCAGAAAAGCAGAUCGCUUGUUGGCAGCAGGGAAAUAUGAAGAAGCAAUUUCUUGUCACAAGAAAGCUGCUGCGUACCUCACGGACGCCAUGAAGCUGACCCGGUCGGAGCAGGCUCAGCUGUCACUGGAAUUACAAAGGGAUAGUCACAUGAAACAGUUACUGCUCAUCCAGGAGAGGUGGAAAAGGGCAAAGAGGGAGGAAAAGCUGAAGGCCCAGCAGAAUGCUGAUAAGGAAACAGCCACACACCUUCAGACUUCUUAUAAGCCAUCUGCUGAAGACUCUGAUGAUCAAAACAUACUGGUUCCUGUUACUCAGAAAUACAGCCCUUCCACAGAGAAACAUUCGCAGGAUAUUCAGGGUGUCUUUGACAGGGACCCAGAUACACUGUUGUUUCUGCUUCAGAAAAAAAAGGAGCCGGUGGAAGCAUGUAUUGGGAGUAAAGCUCCAAAAGAUGACAAAACAAUAAUAGAAGAGCAGGCAACCAAAAUUGCAGAUUUGAAACGGCACAUAGAAUUUCUUGUAGCUGAAAAUGAGAGAUUAAGGAGAGAGAAUAAGCAGCUAAAAGCAGAAAGAGCUAGACUCCAAAAAUCUCCAGUAGACAAGGAGCUGGAUGUAGAUGCUGAUUUUGUAGAGAAGUCAGAGUUGUGGGGUCUGCAGCAACACUCAGAAAGUACUUCUUCAGCUGCAACGUGGCAGAAGUUCGCAACAACUGCUGGGAAGGCAAAGGACAUUCCAAUACCCAACCUUCCCCCCCUGGACAUCCCAUCCCCUGAACUCCCACUGCUGGAACUCUCUGAAGAUAUACUGAAAGGACUGAUGAAUAGUUAAAACCCAGGAAAAGUGCUCAGUAUAGUUACCCAUACUUAAGAAAAGGGAAAGCCACCAGGACAGUGGUGAUCUGAGGGCAGAAACAUCUACCACAAUCCUACUGUUGGAGAAAAGGCAUUAAGCAACUCUGUUACUGUGAAAUACACAUCAUAUCUGAUCUACUUCAUGAGAGUUAAAGGUACCAUAGUUGGUAUAAGAUGGUGAGCUCUUUUAGUCUUUCUCCCAACGUUUCAAACCAAACGACUGCCUGGAGAAUGUUUCAAGUAACACAAUCCUUCAGGGUUUUUAAGUAUGCUAUAUAUGUAAUAGUUAUCUAUAAUGCCAUAAAUGAUGGUGCAGAACCUAACUGUUAUGGUUGCCAGUCGGCUGCCACUUCAUAUUGAAAAAUGCUUUCUAGCAUGAAUUUAAACUGUGCAUUUCAUUAUGCAUAACUUUGUUAAUUCAGAUACAGUGCAAUUUAUACACCUCCUAGAUGGAUUUAUGUGCCACACUCAGUACUCCUGACCAUGUUAACCUCAAGUCAGGAGAGAUUUUAAUUUCCAUUCUAUGAAGGAACCAACUUAUUAGUUCUGUUGACGAGGUUUUUUUUGGGGGGUUAUCUGUUUACAUAACUAAUCAGGGUGCAUUGAAUCUAGCUAUUGGUUUCUGUAUAAAGUGACAUGGUUUAAAAAAAGAAAAACCUAUACUUAAGGAAAAAUACCCUUUUUGUUUUCAGUGAUGCAUGAAUGGAAGUAAUUCUAGCUGGCAGUAUUUGAUUGAAACAGAAAUUGUUUACAGCUUAACCUGAUUCAAAAGGAUAGGAAAAUAAAAACCAAGGUGUU